AUGAACAGACCGCAGGUGGGUCAGGCCUUUGAAACCCUGCUCCCUGCUGAAGCCCUGUCUGUCUGUCUGUCUGUCUCGUUCCAGCACUGUAACGGCGUGGACUGGCGUCAGAAACUGGACUCCCAGAGGGGCGCUGUGCUGGCCACUGAGCUGAAGAACAACAGCUACAAGCUGGCCCGCUGGACCUGCUGCGCCAUGCUGGCUGGAUCGGAGUACCUCAAACUGGGCUACGUGUCACGUUACCACGUGAAGGACUCCGCGCGCCACGUCAUCCUGGGCACCCAGCAGUUCAAACCCAACGAGUUUGCCAGCCAGAUCAACCUGAGCAUGGAGAACGCCUGGGGCAUCCUGCGCUGCGUCAUCGACACCUGCAUGAAGCUGGAGGAGGGCAAGUACCUCAUCCUGAAGGACCCCAACAAGCAAGUGAUCCGGGCCUACAGCCUGCCUGACGGGACGUUCAGCUCGGACGAGGACGAAGACGAGGAGGAGGAAGAGGAGGACGAGGAGGAUGACGAUGAGGAAAGCUGAAGGAGGUUUGGGAAGCAGGGAGCAGCGGAUCCAGCGCUCUGAUGCCAGGAAGAAACCACACUGUCAGGGGAUGAAAACAAUCACACAAACAAAGCAUCUAGAUCCUAAAAUAAAAUCAAUUGGACUAUAUGAAAGACUUGAGUGCUUUAUUUUGUAUUCAAACAUUUCUGCAAUGUGAUUCUGUUUGGUAUCUGACCAUGUGGUGCUCAACUCUGUUGAAAUUAUCUAUGAUAGAUUAGCCCGUAUUUUCAAUGACUUUUACUCUAGUCUUUUUAAUUCCUUCCUCUUUCUUGAAAGGGGUAGAACACAAUUUUACAGAGCCUUGUGAAAACUGGAGGGUAGAUUUAAAGAUGAUAUGCAAUGAAAAAAUGUCCGACCAGAGGGUCGUUGAAUUGAAACCCUUUCAAAAUAAAAAUCCCCCUGUCAAUUCUGUAAA